UUUAACUUACAAAAAAACACAAGGACACCGGAGCCGAGGCAGCGCCAGUCACGCAGACAAGCACAUUAUAGACACGCAACCCGGGGGAGCGCUAAGAGCGGAGUGCGCGAGUGGAGAGAUUCCAGGAAAACUGCGAGGAGAUCUGGAUACUAAAAUGGGCAGAAAGGAGCACAUAAAAUUUAACAGGAGCACUCGUGAGGCUUAAUGAGGCGUCACUGAUCUGGCAGCCUUGAAAGCAGGGUUGUGUGUGCAUUCGAUUUAUGUGGAAUGCAUGGUAUGGACUUUGCUUCUUUCCAGUGUACAGAAUAAAUAUUCCAGGUUUGCAAAUACUAGCACAGCAACUGUGGACUCGAUGAGUAGAUUUUAAAAAAUCGUUUUUCGAGUUGAAUUGCAGUAAAAUAAUAGUAAUAGCUAUUGCAUUACUAGUGUGCGAGGACUCUGUUUCAGUUAUUAAAAAAACAAAAACAAAAAAACAAAGACAACAGAUGGUGUGUGUGUGUGCGUUACUGUAAUGUAAUGGCAUUAUACUAGCCGGCUGUACAUACACCUUAUAUUGGAAAGGGGCCGUUUAGGAAAUGUUCUGUAAUUGAACAAUUACUGUACGUUGGCGCUUUGUCAAUUUUUCAGAUCGCCGGUGCUGGCAAGGAAGCUGAAAAUAAUAACCAUCGACAUAAUAAUAAUAAUAAUAAUAAUAAUAAUAAUAAUAAUAAUAAUAAUAAUAAUUCAAUUAAAAAGCCUGGCACGCAUGUUGGUUUUGAAUCUCGUGGAACUUGCUUGGCUGGGGUGCAGCGCUUAAUUGGUGUGUAGUGAAGCUGUCGUGGGAUCUCUUUUUCCUUUGUGCAGUGGUACGGGACGCUCAGAAAGGAGACAGAGACUGAGAUUCUGCAGUUCUCCACAAAAGCGACGCACGCCAACGAAGCGCUUAGAAAGGAAAGAGCAUGUUUACAUUUUGACACAGGAAAACUCCGAAUGAAAAGGAGAUCUCUGCUGCUGUGUUGGUACUGUUUGUAAAGAAUGACUUACUGGGCGCAGUUACAAGAGUUUGCCAUUGUUUCCACGCUACAGUAAUAAUAAUAGUUACAAUAACGUCCUUUUGUUUUAAAUCAUUUUCGCGAGGGCAUGUGACAAAUUAAUGUUUUCGGAAAUAAAAUUUAAAAAGUUACACCGAUUACCGCUUACAAACCGUACCUCCUUUUGUUAGUAAGACUAAGAGGAGGGUCGACAUUUUAAACUGACAGAAACAACCUCCUAUUCCCUGCUUCGUGGAAGCGCACUGACGGGACGGGCUCUGCCGUGGAAGGAUGGGGGUCGCCUGGAGGAGCCGGACAGUGAUGACGGGCUGGGAUCUGAUGCUUGUUAUUCUCCUGGUUCUAGUCUGCAGUACUAGAACUGCAUCGACUGAAGAGGACAGAUUCAGCGCAGAGUCUUGGCUGCGGAUGUAUGGCUACCUCCCCCAGGCCAGCAAGCAGAUGUCCACCAUGCGGUCAGCGCAGAUCUUGUCCAGUGCCAUCGCGGAUAUGCAGCGAUUUUAUGGGCUGACGGUGACUGGAGAGAUGGACGACGAAACACGAACUUCAAUGAAGAGACCGCGGUGUGGCGUCCCUGACAAGUUCGGAGGUCAAAUCAAAGCAAACGUACGCAGGAAGCGUUUUGCUCUGACAGGGCACAAGUGGAAUAAGAUCCUGCUGUCCUUUAGCAUCCAGAACUACACCCCCAAGAUCGGCGAGUACGAGUCGUAUCAGGCGAUCCGACAGGCGUUCAAGGUGUGGGAGAGUGUGACGCCGCUGCGCUUCGAGGAGAUCCCCUACCACGAGGUCAAGUACAGCCGCCGCAAGGAGCCCGACAUCAUGAUCUUCUUCGCCUCGGGUUUCCACGGCGACAGCUCCCCCUUCGAUGGCGAGGGGGGCUUCCUGGCCCACGCCUACUUCCCCGGGCCCGGGAUGGGGGGCGACACCCAUUUCGAUUCAGACGAGCCCUGGACCAUUGGCAACACUGACCUCAGCGGCAAUGACUUGUUCCUGGUGGCUGUCCAUGAAUUGGGUCAUGCUCUCGGGCUGGAGCAUUCCAACAACCCUUCUGCCAUCAUGGCCCCUUUCUACCAGUGGAUGGACACGGAGAACUUUGAGCUGCCAGAGGAUGACCGCAGAGGAGUCCAGCAGAUCUAUGGGCCACCGGACAGUGACCCCAAACCCACCAAAACCCUGCCCAGUGUCACCCCUCGCUGGCCCUCCAAACCUGAACCCAAACCACCACAGCCACCCAGAACCCCACCCGGCGGGAAACCAGACAAACCCAGGAACCCCGAUCUGGACAGGCCACGCACCACUGACCGGCCAGACCACUAUGGACCCAAUGUAUGUGACGGGAAUUUCGACGUGGUCACAGUCCUGCGAGGGGAAAUGUUCGUCUUCAAGGGGAGCUGGUUCUGGAGGGUACGACACAAUCGGGUGCUGGACAAUUACCCCAUGCCUAUCGGUCACUUCUGGAGAGGGCUUCCUGGGGACAUUGACGCAGCUUACGAGAGGCAUGACGGGAAAUUCGUCUUUUUUAAAGGCAGUAAUUUCUGGUUGUUUCGGGAGGCCAACCUGGAAGCAGGUUACCCCCAGGAGCUGGUGGAGUACGGACAGGGCAUCCCCUACGACAAGAUAGAAACAGCCAUUUGGUGGGAACCCACGGGGUUCACUUACUUCUUCAAUGGAGACAGGUACUGGCGGUUCAGCGAGGAAGCACGUGCCGUUGACAAGGAUUACCCGAAGCCGAUCAGCAUGUGGGGGGGCAUCCCGUCCUCUCCCAAGGGAGCCUUCCUGAGUGACGACGGAGCCUAUACCUAUUUCUACAAAGGCACCAAGUACUGGAAGUUCGAUAACCAGAGGAUGAAGAACGAGCCAGGCUAUCCCAAAUCCAUCCUGCGGGAUUUCAUGGGCUGCCAUGAUGACCUGGACCGGGAUAAGGAUGUGGGCCGUAAGUGGCCCGAUGUGGACCGGACACCGUUUAACCCUGAUGCUGGUACAGAUGGCAAUGACGGCACAAAUGACGUUGAUUACAAAGAUGAGGACAAAACUGACAACGACGUGGACAUUGUGCUCAAAAUCGACGAGUACACGCGUACCAUGAACAUCGUCAUGGUGAUUGUGCCUUUAAUCCUGCUGCUGUGCAUUUUGGGAUUGAUUUACAUUAUCAUCCAGAUGCAGAGGAAAGGGGUGCCCCGUCUUUUGGUCCACUGCAAACGGUCUCUGCAGGAGUGGGUUUGACCUUUCACCUUUGACACUUUCCCCAACCCUCCCUGCCCCUCCUGACCCAACACGCCCUUCCCAUGGUGCUACCAAUUCUGUAGACUGAUAUCAAAAAGUUUGCACAUCGAGUUUUGAACGAGGAUGUUUUUUGGAAUUCUUUUUCCUUUUAUUUCUAUAUGAUCUGCAGUAUGCCUUCACUUUAUGCAACACUGUCGUCUUGUCACCCUUUUUAAACAAAGUUCAGAGUAAGCAUUAUGCGUUGAUAAAUUUGCGCACUGGACACAUGCAUUACAUGCUUUUCAGAUGAUGUUACACCCAAUGCCUUUUACUUAGGAGCAGCUGGACACACCUAGAAAGAAUAUGCAUGGUCUCUACCACAAGAAUCUGAGAUUAGAAGUGACUUUUUACUGUUAAAGACUGACGUACCAUGGGGGGGGUGGGGGUGGGGGGCGGUGCAAGGUAGGGCAAUGGACUACAGUACUGGUUCUUCUUGUGCUAAAAAUGUAAGUGAGAGAUAGCUUCCAAAAUUAGAAAACAACCCUCACCCAAGCCAAAUAUAAAUUAGAUUUUGAAGAAACCACCAUGGAUGCCAUCCCAGGACAAGGAUUUAACUGUCUAGUGUCUGUUCUUAUUCCUUUUCAGUUCUUUUUUUCGCAACUGUUUUUUUAUGCAGUGUUGAUGAUAGCAUUUUUUUGAGGCAUUAUAAAGGCAAGUUGAUUCCGAGGUUGUGAGGAGCCAUAGGAAAAAAAAACAAAUAAAGAAAACCUUAUCUGAUGAGUGUGUGGAAUGGCUGACCGUCCAUUAAUAUUGACCAGGCCUGAUGCCUGGGCCCCACUGACACUAUCAUAGAUAAUGAUUUGUGUGCAAGACAAAGCUGCUACAGACUGCCAGGCAGGGCUGUUACUUAAUUAAUCUAUAGGUGCUGAAGGGCAAAGGGUUUGGAGCAAGGAACAAAAAAGGGAAAAGGCUUUAAUGUUGUGGGGUCCUGAUAUUGAGCCGGAGGUAUUGCUUUUUCUAACUCUCUCAACUAGCUGGUUAUAGAGUUCCAGUACAUACUUCUGAGUGAUGAGGUCGUCUUCUUCGCUAAUAGUUGUCUGUAUUGUAAGAUCCUUGUCCUGAGCUCUGAAUUGAAUUUGCUGGCUUGGUUAUUCCAGUUGGCUAUUUUGCUGGCUGCAGGACACGCUGGUGCUGUACAGUGCUCUCUUUGUUUUAUUCCAGUGCAUUAUCCUCUUAAUUACUUUUACUGGCUCUUCAGGUCUCUCAGGAAUGGCUGAAAGCUCACAGCUUCACAUUGCUGUGAUCCUGGAGAGCUGUUAUUAUUGAGGUCCAAUCGGCCACACUCUAGAGAAUGGAGUGUUUUAGUUCUGCUGAAUGCAAGGCAGAUAA